UGAAAAUAGGAUCACCAAAGAACGCUUAUCUAGCACGGGACCAGAAACAUUGAUUCAAAGAGCCAUGGCGAUAGUCCCCCAAACCCCAGUUUUCUCUUCUUUCAGGACAAUUAACUCUGAUCUCUAUCCAACUAAGCUACGCCUCAAGAAACUGAAGUUCAAGGCUCUAAAAAUCUCAGCUUCCUUGGAAUCCUCAUCGCCCAAUUCAGAAGAAGAGCCUCCAGAAUCCGAAAAAUUCGAUCGUAUAAAGCUUGCGUUUGCCAAAGCCAAGGCGUACAAGAAAGAAAUCCAAACCAAACCCAUUCCGAAGACUGUUCGAAACCCAGUUCCAGAAUCUGCAGAAACUCAAGAGCAAAUUGAUGGGUCGAAGGAUGAAGCUAAUGUUAGCGAGAAACAGGAGCUGCCUUCUGCGGUCAAACUCGCUUUCCAGAGAGCCAAUGAGUAUAAGAACACAGAAACUGUGGGCAGUAGGUCUGGUUUACCAGGCAUUCAGAAAAAACCAGCUUCUUUGGAAUCGUCAUCACUCAUUUCAGAAGAGGAGACUCCAGAAUCUGAGAAAGUUGAUCCUGUAAAACUCGCAUUUGCCAAAGCCAAGGCCUACAAGAAAGAAGUUCAAACCAACCCCAUUCCAAAGAUUGUUCAAAACCCAGUUCCGGAAUCUGCAGAAACAGAAAAGCAAGGUGGUGGGUCAGAGGAGGAAGGUAAUGUUAGUGAGGAACAGGAGUUGCCUUCUGCAGCCAAACUUGCACUCGAGAGAGCAAAGGAGUAUAGGAAGAACAAAGAAGUUAUGGGUAGUGGUACAGGUUUACAAGGCAGUGAGAAAAUACCAGGACUUAAUGACAAAGGGCCUGGGAAUAGUUUACCCAAAAUGAAAGAAAGUAAAAAGGAAGAAUUCACAGUUUCGAGUAUAGAUUUUAUGGGGCUUAAUUUUUCUGAUAAGAAGGAUGGCAAGCGACUGCCUGCCGGGCUAGUUCCACUAUCGGACCCUUUCCCCGAAGACGACUUGCCAGAAGUAGAAAUAAUAGUUGGGGAUACUAGCAAGUUUGGAGAUGCAGCGUCAACAAAGCCUAAACCUGUUUUGGAGGAAGAAAUGGAUGUCUACAAGCCAAAGGUUUCCACGUGGGGUGUUUUCCCUAGACCUAGCAACAUAUCUAAAACCUUUGGUGGUGGAAGAACUCUUAAUCCCGGUGAGGCACUUGAAACACCAGAAGAGAAAGCAGCCAAAGAGGCACGAUCGAGACAGCUUCUUGCUGCCUACAAGGCCAAAAAAGGCUUAGUUAUUGACCCGAAACUUAAACUUGAGUGUCAGAAGGCAUUAAAUGAUGGCGAUUCAUUGAUGGAACUUGGGAAGCUAAGAGAAGCGAUUCCAUUUUAUGAAAAAGUAAUGGAUCAACUGUCAUUCCAGACUGAACUUUACGGACUUGCUGCUUUGCAAUGGUCUAUUUGCCAAGACUCACUCCAAAGGCGAAACGAAGCUCGAAACAUGUAUGAGAAACUUCAGUCACACCCGAACUUUCAAGUGAGCAAGAAAGCAAAGCAAUUUGCAUUCAGCUUCCAGGCCAUGGAAAUGAUGAAGGUUAGAGGCUCGACCAAAUCUCCAAAGGCCACGGGCUAUCAAAAUUACUUUGAUGCAUUUGUCGAGGACAAAGCUGACUACCCUCUUAAAGAAGCCGAGGUUGAUGAAGGCACACUCAGUCAAGUUCUCCCCUACAUCAUCUUUCUCGUUUCCCCUGUAUUUAUCGUGCUACUCAUUGCUGCACUAAAGGCUUCAAGUUGGUCAAACUGUUGACUUGAUAACCAGAAGGUUACAAGGUCGACUCCCAUCGAGAGUGACUUAUUGGCCCUGUUGGUUUGGGCCAGUCCGCUAUGGGCAAUCUGGGCUGGUUUACCUCAUUGUGGUCCUUUGCUAGAUAAGAUCACAAGACGGGGUUUACCCAAUGAAUAUCCUCGGGUAAUGACUGCAGGUUCCUAUUGUCACUCAAAAAAAAAAAAAAAAAAAAAAAAAAAAAACUUGUUCUGAGCUACCAUAAUGUUUUUGUGACUUAUGAUGAGUUUCCAGAAGAAAGUGCAGUUUGAAAAGGUGUUAGAUAUACAAUGAACUUGCAUUAUGGAAGGUGGCAUUAGUAUAGAGCAAGACAAGAAGACAAUUAAGAUAACAUAAUGUUAUGUUGAGACUUGAGACAUUUUGGUUGCUUUAGGAUUGUUGAAGU